AGACCGAAAUAGACAAAAAUAAAAACAUAAUUAAUAAUAUAUAUAAAGAUAAUUAAGGAAAAAAAAACAUCAUAUUAUAAAAAACAUCAUAUUAAAACCCAAACCAGAGAGAUUCUCUUUCCUCUUUCUCUCUCUACAUUUCUCUCUUCGAGAGGGAGGGAGCUCUUAUGGUGUUCCUUCUUUUCCAUUCCAUUUCCUCCAUCUGAGGCUUCUACUCUCUCUCUCUAAGAUCAAACAACAAGGUGGUAUUCCUUUCAUUGCGGUUGAUUUGAUUUCAAAUUUGAAGAACAAACUAAGAAGACAAAGAAUAAGAUCAUAUUGGAUGGGUAAUAAGCUUGGAAGAAGAAGACAAGUCAUUGAUGAGAAAUACACAAAGCCGCAGGGUCUUUACCACCAUAAGGAUGUGGAUCAUAAGAAGCUCAGGAAGCUCAUACUCGAGUCUAAGCUUGCUCCCUGCUAUCCUGGCGAAGAAGAGUGCGUGUGUGAUCUAGAGGAAUGCCCAAUUUGCUUCCUGUAUUAUCCAAGCCUCAACAGAUCAAGAUGUUGCAUGAAAGGAAUUUGUACUGAGUGUUUUCUGCAGAUGAAGGUUCCCAAUUCAACUCGUCCUACACAAUGUCCCUUCUGCAAAACCUCAAAUUAUGCUGUGGAAUACAGGGGGGUGAAAACAAAGGAAGAGAAGGGUCUUGAGCAAAUUGAAGAACAACGAGUAAUAGAAGCUAAAAUUAGGAUCCGCCAGCAAGAACUUCAGGAUGAGGAAGAAAGAAUGCAGAAAAGGCAACAAUUGGAUCCUGUCAGCCGAAAUAUGACAGAAGAGGAUGUUGAGUACAACUCAGUAAAUGUGACAUCUUCUACAUCUGUUGUUGAAGGAGAUGAAAUUGAUUCUUCUCAAUGCACUGCAUCAACGUGUAGACCACCUUUGCCACCAAGGGUGCAUAGGGAGGAGGAAUUUGACCUUGAUCUUGAAGAUUUAAUGGUCAUUGAAGCAAUUUGGCUUUCCAUUCAGGACAGUGGUAGAAAUAAAACACCAAAUUAUGGUGAUGUUGCUUCUUCUGGACGGUUUGUCACAGAAGACCGAUAUGUCUCUCCAGCCAUGACUACAGUUUCUGGAUCAUCAUCGUCAUCACCUUCUGGUGGUCUUGCAUGUGCCAUAGCUGCCCUUGCAGAGCGCCAGCAAAUGGGUGGAGAGUCCUCAAGUCAUCCAGAAGGUAACGAGUCAACAUUCAGUAUGGUUCCAAGCGCUAGCAGGUUCUACAACAGGGUAGGUAGAGAGGCUGAGAAUUAUCCACCAGCAGUGACCUCCACUGAUGUAUCUUCCAAUGACGGGAUGGCUUUGACUAGGGAUGACAGAGAAUGGAAUGUUGACCAUGGAUCAGAGGUGGCUGAAGCAGGAACAAGCUAUGCAAGCUCUGAUGCAACAGAAGAAGCUGGUCCUAUAACUGCACCACCACCAGCAGAUCAAAUUGAGGGCAACCAUCUAAAUGCGCCCAAUCCCAUUGUUCCUGAAAGUUUUGAGGAGCAGAUGAUGCUGGCAAUGGCUCUUUCUCUGGCUGAGGCCCGUGCCAUGGCCAGUGGGGCUGGAUCCUGGCAGUAGUUUUAGGUCAUGCAAUGGAGAUAUUUCUCAAUCAAAUGAUCUGCCCGUGGUCGCUUAGUUAUCUGAGUCUCACCUUAACAAAGACCUGCACAAAACUUGUGUGGAAGUCAAGGUAGUGAUGAUUUUCUUUUCCUAAGCUCUCUCCCACUCCUAUAGAUUGAAAGGAAACAGAUUAUUUUAGUAAAUGAAAGGCUUCACAAUUUUCUAUUUUCAAACAUUCCUAGCGUAAAUAUAUUCUGUUGAAAUUGAUUGCACCUGAUUCCAAAAUUUAAUGUAAAUAAGUGGUCUUUUAUCAUGUCUAUUGGGAGACAGUUUAAACCUGGAAAGAGCAGGUGUUAAUGAUACGACUUUGCAACAAUUUAUGAGGCUA